AUGAAGAAGCACGAGGAGCAUCCUGAAGUUGGGAGUGAAGUAACGGCGGCCCCCAAAGAUGUUAAGUCGGGUUGGAAGUUUGACGGAGAUGUCUCUUUAACUAAAGAUAAGAGUGGGGCUGGAAUAAUAUUGGUCAGUCCAGACGGGUUCAAGUACAAGUAUGCCCUGGAGUUCAAAUUCUCCACGUCCAACAACGCGGCUGAGUACGAAGCAUUGAUCAGGGGACUGCAGCUGGCACAAGAGAUAGGGGUCAAGAGUGUGCAAGUGUUUAGCGACUCGCAGUUAGUGGUGAACCAGAUCCCCGUGAAGGAAAACAGUAACGCUGAUGCGUUGGCAAGACUUGCCACCGGCACCCGUCAAAAAGGGCGCAAGAAGGUCAAGGUCGAGAUCCUUGAUAGGCCUAGCAUCAGCAAAACGAUCUCUGAGGUAUUCGCCAUCACUGUUGGUCCUAGGGAGCCCGCAUGGAUGGACCCUAUCAUCGAGUUCCUUAAGGAAGGGGUCCGCCCAGAGAAUAGGCGACAGUCAAGGAAGUUACAAUCAAGGUGUGUGAGAUACAUGUUGAUAGAUGGAAAGUUGUACCGCACGGGUUAUUGCUUCCCCAUCUGA